GACCUGUUCCUUGUGCGUUUGCGCUUGCGAUCAAUUGUAUUGUCUCUUCAAUGAGAGAAAAGUCCGCGGUCUGCGCAUAGGGGUGGAAUAGUGAACAGAGUGAUGAGAGCGUUCCGCACUAACGACCUGGUGCAAACAGUACAGCACUGGAGGAGUGGGGGUUCGCGGAUCUUUCUCUCAUUGAAAAGACAAUAGAACAGGCUUCUCUCUGCUGGAACAGUACUGGCAGCGACAGACUGCGUUCCAAAAACUAUUGAUCAAAAGCAGCGUUUGCUGAUCGACCAAUCAGAUUACAAAAACCUUUGCUCUUUCUUUUUGCCCCCAGAUUUAAAUCACCGCUGUUCUAACUGACGAGUACAUUUUUGGAACGCAGCCAAAGUAUAAAGCAUUCCCGCCAAAUACACGUGCAAACGCAUUGUGUUUAGCUUUGUGAUUGAUGUGAGUUAAAUUGAACAGAGUUGUGUUAGUUGUGUUAGAAGGAAUUUAUUUUUUGGCAAAAAUAUCCUAGAGAAGAAAGAACAACAAUGAGUCAAUCAAGUUCUCCUGUGCGUUCUGAACGACAUACUGAUGCAAUGACUUCUCCUGCACCUGAUAUAGAGGAGCCAUUUGAAAAUGAAUCUGAUUUGCUUGGUGAGGAAAAUGAUGUUAAUAAUGAGGAAGAAGAAGAAGAGGGAGAGGAACUGUUUGGAGAUAAUAUGGAAGCCGAUUAUCGGCCUAUGUCAGCACUAGACAGAUACGAUCCCAAUCUACUUGAUGAUGAAGAAUAUUCAGAUAUGUCUCAGAACGAACGUGUAGCUGCAGAAGCAGAAAUGCGAAAGAGAGAUCGUGCAGCUGGUAUUGUAAGGGAUGGUCGCGAUCUUCUUUAUGAUGAAACUGAUGACGAAGAUGUGCAGGCACGCAAACGACGUAUGGCUGAAAAAGCUGCUACUGGUAUAAUAGAGGAUGCAGAGAUGAUCGAAUCUAUUGAAAAUUUAGAAGAUACUAAAGGACAUUCAGUAAAGGAUUGGGUAAUGAUGUUGGGACCACGAACGGAAAUUUCGAAUCGCUUCAAAAGCUUUCUUCGCACUCAUACAAAUUCCAAAGGACAAUAUAUGUAUAAAGAACGUAUUCGUCACAUGUGCGAAAGUAAUCAGUCCAGUUUUAUAGUGGAAUUUCCCAUUCUUGCCAGUAAGGAACAUGUUUUGGCUUACUUUUUGCCAGAAGCGCCAUUUCAAAUGCUCGAGAUAUUUGACGAAGUCGCAAAAGAACUGGUACUGACCAUUUUUCCCAGCUACGAGAGAGUUACGUCAGAAAUUCACGUCAGAAUAUCGGAGUUGCCGUUGAUAGAAGAAUUGCGCACGUUCAGAAAACUUCACUUAAAUCAAUUGGUACGAACUCUUGGAGUUGUAACGGCGACUACAGGUGUUUUGCCACAGUUGUCAGUAGUGAAAUAUGACUGUACCAAGUGCAGCUAUGUUCUAGGACCAUUUGUUCAAUCUCAGAAUACAGAAGUCAAGCCAGGUUCGUGUCCCGAAUGUCAAAGUAUCGGUCCAUUCAUGAUCAAUAUGGAACAAACUAUAUACAGGAAUUACCAAAGAAUAACAAUACAAGAAUCCCCUGGCAGAAUACCUGCCGGUAGAAUACCUCGCAGUAAAGAUUGCAUUUUGCUGUCCGAUCUCUGUGAUCGUUGCAAACCGGGAGACGAAAUAGACGUUACCGCUAUUUAUACUAAUAAUUACGAUGGUUCUCUGAAUACUGAACAGGGAUUUCCAGUAUUUUCCACAGUAUUAUUGGCCAAUCACUUGUUUGUCAAAGACUCAAAGGAGAUCGUGGAGUCACUUACGGAAGAGGACGUUACGAGCAUAAUUGCUCUGAGUAAAGAUCAGAGAAUCGCAGAACGUAUAGUAGCGAGUAUCGCACCUUCGAUUUACGGACAUGAGAAUAUCAAGAGAGCCUUGGCACUGUCGAUAUUUGGUGGCGAAUCAAAGAAUCCUGGUGGUAAGCACAAACUACGCGGCGACAUAAAUAUUCUGCUGUGCGGAGAUCCUGGCACCGCCAAAUCGCAAUUCUUAAAAUAUGUUGAGAAGAUUGCGCCCAGAGUGGUCUUCACGACAGGUCAGGGCGCUUCGGCUGUUGGUCUAACCGCUUAUGUAAGGAGGUCACCUGUCAGCAGAGAAUGGACUUUAGAGGCUGGAGCUUUGGUCCUCGCCGAUCACGGGAUAUGUCUCAUCGAUGAGUUUGACAAAAUGAACGAUCAGGACAGAACCUCCAUCCAUGAAGCUAUGGAGCAGCAAAGCAUUUCUAUCUCCAAAGCUGGUAUCGUGGCGUCUCUUCAUGCCAGAUGCGCUGUAAUAGCGGCAUCUAAUCCUAUAGGCGGUCGAUACGAUCCUAGUAUGACCUUCGCAGAAAAUGUAGAUCUGUCGGAACCGAUUCUGUCUCGAUUCGACGUGUUGUGCAUAGUGAAAGAUGAAGUCGAUCCUAUGCAGGAUCGUCACUUGGCAAAGUUCGUCGUUAACUCUCACAUCAAGCAUCAUCCGACGUGCACGGAGAGAACGCAGGCCGUGGAAUUAGAUCCCGCCACGCAGGAUCUGUACAUUCCACAAGAUCUUCUCAAAAAGUAUAUCGUUUAUGCGAAGCAGAACGUGCAUCCAAAGCUGUUCAACGAUCACGACAAAAUUCCAAAAUUGUAUAGUCAGUUGAGACAGGAGAGCUUGUCAACUGGAAGCUUGCCGAUCACUGUGCGUCAUAUAGAAAGCAUUAUUCGCAUGUCGGAGGCUAGCGCCAAGAUGCACUUAAGAGAUCACGUUCAAGAGAGCGACAUGAAUUUUGCUAUUAGAAUAGUUCUCGACAGUUUCGUCGAUACGCAAAAAUAUUCCGUUAUGAAAUCUAUGCGUCAGACGUUCCAGAAAUAUUUAUCAUAUAAGAAAGAUCACAACGAACUCUUGUACUACAUACUACGAAAUAUCACUUUGGAUACUUUAGGAUUUCAAAAAGCUAAGUACGGCGGACACAUCUCGACCGUCGAAAUAUCGGAGAAGGAUCUGUUGGAAAGGGCGAAGCAAAUUGGUUUACACAAUCUGCAUACAUUUUAUGAUAGUGAUAUUUUCAAACUAAAUAAUUUUACUUAUGAGCCAAGGAGAAAAGUAAUAGUGCAGACUUUGCCAGAAGGCAUCGAAGAUUGAUUUGGAAAGCAUAUUUUUUUUUUUUUGAGAUCACGUGUGUAACUAAACAGUUCUUUUAAACAAUUUUAUGUGUAAAAACUUUUAUAUUUUCGCCGUAUUGAAAUACUCGAUAAAAAUAAUUAACAUUUU